AUGCCGUUUGUUGUUGGCUUUGUCUUUUCUACGGCCGCGGGCAAAAAGGAUAUCGAGACGGACGGUGUGCCUUCGGAAGAGCUGUUGAAGAUCGCUGCGCAGGUCACGGGGAAGUUCUUGGAAGAAGGUAAAGGUAGUGUGAUUACCGAGACUGGACGCCUGGAAGGACAUUUCGACUCAUUUGGGACAGACCAACUGGAUACGUGGAAAGCCGAGAAAGACUGGAAGAUGCACAAGAUGCUUUGCAAGUCCUUCGCAGAUCUCGAGCCACGACCCGGUGCAACCUUCUUUCGCGGUCUCCUCUUCCCCGGAGAUGAGCCUUUGCCGCGUUUCGUCUGGAUCGAAUACGGCAACGUCAAGGACUUCGGAUCAAUAUCCUGCGAGCCUUUCCUCGGUCGCAACAUGUUGAAUCACAUAUCACACACCUGGCCCACCCUCAAGCGCAUACCCUCGCACCGGGUCGGUAUCUACUAUCAUGACAACUACAUGAACGAGAACCUGCCCACCACUCCGAGUUUGACCAAAUCGCUGAGCCCAGCUGCAGGCAACUACUUCCGUGGACCUUUUCUAGCCCACGGCUACGAGAAUGGCAUUGAGCUUGACGAUGAGUUCGAGUCUGGUGAGGGAGGAUCCUGCGAUCUUGACACGUCGGCUUUGGCUACUCUGUUGGCGUUCUUCCAGGCGCAAGGUACCGUUUAUCUUGAUAGGAAGAGGUUCGGCAAAGGAUUCUCCCAUCCAAAUAUCAUCGAGGUGCGCUCCGAUGCGGACUGA